AUGGAAGAGCUGGCUAGAGAGAGCAUCAGCUUGUUAGCCAAGCCUACCUUGGAGUCAGACAGCCCCAACCUCUCCUCAGCUGGGAAUAAGGCUGGAGGAAUCACCCCGGCUGUCCUCGUGGAGCUGGUUUCCUUGAUAUUCCUGAUUAGCGGCUUAGUGAUCCUGGGCUAUGCUGCCUCCAUAAGCAUGCAGACAACAUACCAAGGUGUUGUAAGAGAGAUCUGCGGGCCGGCCAUCGGGAAGCUCUGUGAGGCCUGCUUCAUUCUGAACCUCUUCAUGAUCUCGGUGGCUUUUCUCAGAGUGAUGGGUGACCAGCUAGAAAAAUUGUGUGACUCAUUCUAUCCGAAUGAAACCUUGAGCGGUGGAACCUCUCACCAGCACUGGUUCACGGACAAUCGCUUCACCUUGUCUGUGCUGUGCAUCCUGGUUAUCUUCCCCCUCUCUGUCCCAAGGGAAAUUGGAUUCCAGAAGUACACAAGUAUUCUCGGGACCUUGGCUGCUUGCUAUUUAAUGCUGGUCAUCAUAAUAAAAUAUUACAUCCGAACCGAUCACAAUGUCCAGUAUGAACAUCGCCGUUCUUCCGGGGUUUCUUCCUGGGCUUCCGUGUUCAGUGUUGUCCCGACAAUCUGCUUUGGAUUCCAGUGCCACGAGGCUUGCAUUGCCAUCUACAGCAGCAUGAAGAACAAGAAGCUCUCUCACUGGGUUCUGGUAUCUGUGGUGUCCAUGCUGUUCUGCUUGCUCAUUUAUUCUCUGACAGGGCUGUAUGGCUAUUUGACUUUUGGUGCUGAUGUUGCUGCUGAUAUCCUGAUGUCCUACCCUGGGACUGACGUGGUGGUCAUCAUAGCUCGGCUGUUGUUUGGUGUCUCUAUCAUCACCAUCUACCCGAUUGUCCUUCUGCUGGGAAGGUCAGUCUUACAGGACAUCUGCUUUGGCACCAAGCACUGCUCCAUCCUGACCAUGGAGCCCUAUGAGAAAUGGCUCCGCAUCUUGCUUACCACCAUGUGGGUUAUGGUGACGCUAAUCAUCGCCCUCUUUGUGCCAGACAUCAGUGACAUCAUCAGCGUCAUUGGUGGCAUCAGCGCUUUCUUCAUCUUCAUCUUUCCAGGGCUGUGUUUGGUGUGUACAAUGGAGACAGAAACGGUCAUGCCAAGGACUAAGUCCUUUCUGAUUGCCUGGGGUAUCAUCACUGUCCUGUGUGGUGCAUUCAUCUUUGGACAAAGCACAACUAUCGCCAUCAUGGAACUGAUGCAUAAACUCUAG